CACUUCCGCGUACAAUGUUUUUUUCCCACUGACACACGGCAACUUUCAGCAGGAAAGCUAUUAGUCUCCUCUCUUGUCGCCUUUUCUCGUUUUGCGGGUGUAAGAGGCCCCUGCGGCUGCAGUAUGGACUCUGAAGAUGCCCACCACGGGCAGGGUGUGUUUGGAGCUCAGAGCUUUAACCCAGCCAUGAGCAUCAUCGGGGCUGAGGAUGAAGACUUCGAGAAUGAUCUCAAUGAUGUGAACGACGAUCAGUGCACGCACUUCAACAGCAUCGAGCAGUUGAAAGACCGUCCCACACACCUGCUGGUCUUCAUGCAACACGUCAUCCUACAGUUUGACCCUGCUCCCCUGCUGUGUUACCUCCAUGCCGAACUCUUGAAGAACCUCAGUGCCAAAGAGACCAAGAAACAGUUUGUGGAGUUCUACAACACCUUCUUAGACAAGGGCGCAACUCUCAGAGUCACAGUUCCACCGAUGAUCGCCAGUGAACUGGACCGCAGCCGUCCAGAACUGUUCUCAGAUGACACCCAAAAACGUUUCGCUCUGGACGUUCAGAGCCUGCAGGUACCUGAAGUUGACAAACAGCUGGAAGAUUUCAGGCAAAAGAGGAUGAUGGGAAUGACCCCAAACGAGGCAGAGCUAGUCGACGUGGAGAGCCACUAUCCAACAGAUCGCGUCCCGAUGGAGAUGAAGGAGAAAUCUGUGGCUGAGAACCUGCUGGAGAGGAUGGCUGAGACACAACCCUCUGUUGUCUCGGAUGAAGAAAAAAGCCAGUCCAUCUUCACGGCGGUGGCCUUCUACAUGAAGCACCUCGGGGUUAAAAACCGAUCGGUCGACAGCAAGAAGUCCAAAGGCGGCUUCUUCCGGAGACAGCUGGUGAAGAACAGGAAGGAUGAAUCCACGAAGGUCAAGAAGGGAGGGGUGUUUCCUAGCAUCCCCAGCUGGAUCGGAGGCAACCCUGAGGUCAAACCUAAAACGGAGGCUGAAGCGGAAAAGGAAAAAGUGACGGUGGAACGUAAAGGCCAGGCUACCGACAGAGUGUUCCUGACCGAAACUGGAGUCCCUUCCAGCAGAAAGUCGGGCUCCGGCGGCGGUCCUGCCGCGCUGCCCGGGUUAGAGGUCCCUGAAGGAUCAGUAAACAUCAAUACCACCAGCAGCCCCGAGUCGUCGCACAGCGAUGCUCUCUCAAGCAAUCGCUUAGAGGCUUCAGCCCCGUCAGACGGGGGCGACGUGUCCCCCGUGGUGAUGAGCGGUGGGCUGGUCAUCGGGGAGCCCGUCUCACCCAGUGACACCCCCACAGAGGAGACCGUGGAGAAAGACAGACGGAAGACAAGUAGGAAAGUGGGACGCAGUGAGAGUGCUCGUGUGGACCGGCACUCGUCUCGGCGCCGCGGCUCCUCUCGGGCCAAACAGUCCCGCUCCCGUAGCGAUGUGGACCUCCAGCCGCCCUCCACCACGACAACAACUCCUGCCCCGCUCACCCCCCAGCACCUCCAUCCCCCCGAAGGACUGAGCUUUCCCCCUGAAGGCCAGGGCCACUCCCCCACCAGCUCCUCCCCACAGCUGGAGGAGCUGGACCCGCGGCUCUUGGAGUUUGAGCAGGACCCGCCCAACUGGAGGGAGCUGGCGCCUCCCGAGGCCCUCACCAGACUCAGCAAGAGGGAGACCAAGAGGCAGGAAGUCAUCAACGAGUUGUUUGCUACCGAGCAUGCCCACGUGAGGAAGCUCACAGUCCUUCAGACCAUCUUCUCCAGGCCUCUGGAGAGAGAGUCGCUCCUGACGGCCACCGAGCUGGCCACCAUCUUCCCCAACCUGGACGAGAUCCUCGAGAUGCACUGUAAUUUCUACGAGAGCCUGAAGAAACUGCGCGUGAAAGACAACUUCGUGGUGAAAUCCAUCAGCACCACAGUGCUUAACAGAUUUGAGGGGACGGAGGGGGAGUGGUUCCAGAAACUGACAGCCCGCUUCUGCAGUCACCAGUCGUGGGCCCUGGACCAGAUCAAGAGCCGGCAGAAGAGAGAGCCACGCUUCAACUCCUUCAUACUGGAGGCGGAGAGUAAACCCCAGUGCCGCAGGCUGCAGCUCAAGGACAUCAUCCCUAUAGAGAUGCAGAGGCUCACCAAGUAUCCACUGCUGCUGGAGAAUAUUGCAAAGAACACAGAGGACCUCGCUGAGAAGGAGGGGAUCCACUUUAGUGCAGAGUGCUGCAGAAAGAUCCUCAACCACGUCAACGAGGAGGUCAAAGUGAUGGAGAAUCUGUUGACUCUGAAGGACUACCAGCGCAGAUUGGACACAUCAGGGCUGAAACCCAGUAAUGAGCUGUACACCGAAUAUAAGAAUAUUGACUUAACCCAAAAGAAGAUGAUUUAUGAAGGCCCGCUGACCUGGAAAGUCACCAAAGAGAAGGCCAUCGAUGUGCAGUGCGUGCUGCUGGGAGACCUGCUGGUGCUCCUGCAGAGGCAGGAUGACAAGAUGGUCCUGAAAUGCCAGAGCAAGAGUAACAUUGUGGGGCAGGAGGGCAAGCAGAUGCUGAGCCCCAUCAUUAAGCUGGACUCCGUCUUCCUCCGCGAGGUGGCCACAGAUCGAAAGGCUUUCUACGUGAUAUUUACCUGGGACAGCGGCGCUCAGAUCUACGAGCUGGUGGCUCAGUCUGUUGGCGAGAUGAAAACCUGGACUGAGAUAAUAAAGUCAACGGUGGACGACCUGAAGAAGAGCGGAGCGCCCAUGAGGCUGUCGCUGCCCCCCGGCGGCGGAGGAACACCCUUCAGUCCCACGAUUAAUGUUCCCUCGAGCCCGACUGAGAACGGAGGCUUGAAAAGCAACAGCGAUCGAGAUAAAGACAGCCUGACGAGUGAAAAGUCAACGGAUCCCAGACACAGGCUGAUUGAUUUCCUGUCAGACAAAGGCUUUGACUUGAUUGGCCACUCCAACAGCGAUCAGGAGAAGGUGGCCAGCAGCGCUUUAGACGCAGUCAUGUUCCUGAAGAGGGUUCUGGUGAGCAGCAUCAGCCUGUCUGAAUACUGCCUCGACGAGGAAAAUGAGGAGGAGCCGUGGGUUCCGCUCAGUCAAGACGCGGACGAGUGUCAGUCAACAGAGGAGAGUCAGACCACAGACCGAGAGGCUGAGGAGCUAAACACCAACGCCUGCGAAAAAGAAGGCGCCGACACGAAAGGAGACGAGGAGAGCAGCAUCAGCGCGCCCCUGGUGUUGUCCCGGGAGAGGUUGGAGGAAGUGCGCAGGAGGCUCCACAGCCUGGAGGAACAAAUAAAGAGACUACAGGCUGUAGAAGAGGAGCACCACCGGCUGCAGGAGGCUCUCUCCCAGUUCUCUCUGGAGGGGGGCAACUUCCAGUAAGACUCUGUCACGCCACCUGCUGGUGACGAGGGUUUUGCUGGCGCCGGUUUGGACUGAGUGACUUUCUGAGGCGGAGCUGGGAAAUUCCCGGAGCCCUCGCUCGUCGUUCCCGGACUCUCGCCGCCUCGUCCAAGCAGGAAGUCUCGUGCCUGUCGGAGGCUUCGUGCAAGGUGCAGCGGCUCAGCGGCGCAAUAUGGGAGGCGUGUGCAUGACGUGUGUGUGGAUGCGUGGGUGUGUGUGUUUGCGUGCAUGCUUGGUAGAAAGAUACACGAAGAAAAAACAAAAACAAGAGAGACCUCCUCAUGACUGGGAGGUUUGGGGUAUUUUUUUUUUUGCAGACAGGUGCCAAAUGACACGAAAGCAAUGUUUUUUGCUGUGAGAGAUGCUGCCUAAUAAAAUGUAGUGAUUUCAACCUGCUGUAACACACAUACGCACACCAAAGACGUGCACGCUGGAGAAUGACGACGCCAAUAACAGAUGUAUAGUGAAGAGCAGAUGUAGCAUUAGAAGAUGUAUUGAAAUACUACUGCUGUUGAUCAUGAAAUAGUUUUAUAUGUUAAUCUAUGCCAAAGUACAACAGAGAUGCACUUUCUUCUGAUCAAAAACUGUUUUUUAUUUUGCUAAAUUUAUGAUUUGAAGUCGUAACUCCGGAUGGUUUCGGACUUCACGUAGCCAGCCUGGAUUAUUGGAAAAGAGGCAUGCAGGCAAGUGUGUGUAUGUGUGUUACGAAGUUUUUAAUCCAAGACGAUGUGUGUGGAGGAGUCUUACUGUAAUUAGUUCACAUGAAAAACAUUUAUACAUAGUGGCACAUUAGAUAAUCAUGCCGUUGACGUUAGAGACUUGUUUGUAUGUAUCGCUUUUAUUUAUUCUCCAGAGUCCUGUCGCGUCGGUGAAGGAGACUUCAACACAGUUCUGUGUGUGUGUGUGUGUGUGCGUGCGCAUGUCUGAGAGGGAUAAAGGAAAAGCUGGAUUUUCGUUAUGAGUGAUGGCAGAGGGUGAAGAGGAGAAACGUAGGUGUAUAAAACGGGCUUAGAGGGUGUUGGUGCUUUGGUUUGGGUUGUUUGAAGUAGACCGCUGAGCAGAGAACAUAGGAUUAUGAAUUGUUUUUCGCUGUACUGAAGGAGAAUGUCGACAUGAGCACACAUACACACACACACACACACACACACACACACACACACACACACACACACACACACACACACACACACACACACACAGAGUGCAGGACUACAUACAUGUUCAAAAGUAUCAACUCAUGGUCCAAAACACAGGCUUUAGCUGAGGAAAUAAACUGUAUUAUAUGGCAUUAGAAAAAUGUGUCGCUAGUGUAGAGAAGCAUCUAUUCUUCCCUGGUAGUAACAUUUGUAUCAAACUUGAGCUGCCUUUUUGUUUUACUAAGCCGUUGAUUGUAAUUAUAAGUAUUAGAACAGUAGUGGAAAGACUGUGGCUGUGCACACAGGACCAAAGACGCACCAAAACGCCGUUAGAUCCUUGCUUGAGGGGUGAUUUUCUUUUGUCAUGAAAUGCUGAAGCGGGAGUGGAAGCUCUAGUCGUGCAGCCUGCAAUCAGCAGCUGCUUUUUUUCUUUUUUUUUUUUUUUUCUCCAAACAAGUGGCAACCUAAGCGAAGGUGAAUGUGAAUCUUAAAAGCACAAACAAGAAAUAACCAGCGGGCGUGAAUUUGGAUCAAUAAACAUUAGAAUUCUCUCAAUGCUUUAAUGAAUGUACGAGUCAAUGCUGAGAUGAAGAACGUUUGAGAGUGAUGACAAGUUUGUGAUUUCACACACUCGACCGGGCCAAAACGGCGAAAAGGUUGGUUAAUUGAAACAGACUUCGGCACUGAACUAAAAGUAAAAGCCAGUGUGACUGCCGCAGCAAAUCCUGUACUGUACUGUCCCGCCGAGAGGACUGAGGCCGGGCUCCGUCUGCCACUUCGGUACUAAAUUAAACACACGGGAGAUGAUACCGCUCCACAAAAGCGAUGCAGCAACAACAACAACAACAAAGAAGAUUUGAAGGAACAGAAACGGCAGCCUCAUCCCGGCGCCGCCCCGACCCCUCACUGCAAGCGCGAUCACCUCCUGACAUGCUUUCGCGCCGUUGUUGCAACGACAACAAACACUUAACCUUGGCACCCCGGUAGGGUUUCUCAGUUCAGUCACUCGUGUGACAAAAGUUGCAGCGUUGGUUUCGACAUUACUGCCAAAUCCCCCCCAACUGUACAUAAAUGUUAGCUUGAAGGAAAAAACAAAAAAAAAGUAGGGAAAGCAUGAGUUAGCGUCCUCUCUGUGUUUAUUCUUUCUGUUACCUACAUGCAGCUCUCGAUCGCACGC